CGUAUGGUAAUCAUCGUUUACCUAAGUAGACACCUGGUCACAGACAGCGGUGAGGGACUCCAACCGGAGGGUCUCCAACCAGAGGGUCUCCACCAGGAGGGACUCCAACCGGAGGGUCUCCAACCAGAGGGUCUCCAACCAGUGGGUCUCCUCCAGGAUGGACUCCUCCAACGGGAGGGACUCUACCAGGGGGGUCUCCAACCGGAGGGACCACAACCAGAGGGACUCCAGGCGGAGGGACUCCAAGAGGAGGGACUUCAUCAGGAGGAUCUCAACCAGGAGGGACCCCACCAGGAGGGUCUCCAACCAGAGGGCCUCCAACCAGAGAGUCUCCACCAGGAGGGACUCCAACAGGAGGGACUCCACCAGGAGGGCCAGCUGAUGAGGGAGAGGACACCAAUGGUGAGGACACCGGGGGUCUUGGAGGCAGAGGAGGACGCGUUAGAGCUGGAGAUGCCAACUGACAAUGGCAACCACCACGUUGUCGUCUGUCAACGUCCCAUUGACGCCGUGGUCUUGAUCCUCAACCAGGAUCAACCGCCAGCCACCGCCCUGCCAGGUGUAGUAGCGAUCGAGGAGAAACCUUUUGUUGUUAUGGGCUGUACAGAACCUGUGGCUCCCCUUAACAACACUGAAAUCUCGGUCAUACCCGACGAAGAAGGGGAGGAACCUGUACAGGAGCCCAAAAGAAAGAGCCUCGGGUGGAGAUUCUUCAAUUGGCUCUGUGUGGUGAAGGAGAAGGAGCCAAACAAUAAGAGGAACGCCGGGACCUACCUGAAGGAGGACACGGAGGAACACCUCAUCUCCAGCAAAGCUGAUAAACGCCGGGAGCAGAAGGAGGCUCAGAGGCUGAAGGAGGAGCAGCGCUACGAGCAGUGGGCUGCUGAACGGGGCCUCAGCGAUGCAGGAGAGGGGCCAGCAGACGGGCCUAAGAAAAGGAUGACCAGAUUGCAGAAGGUGUCUUUGGGAUUGGUCACCCUGUGCCAAUAAGCCGAUCCCCUCCAUCCGGCCACCCCCGGUGCGGGUCACCUGUACAUAUAUACAUAGAAGCAUAAUAAAACUCAAAGAAUACAAAAGAAUACAAAAGAACACAAGACAAUACAAGACCACUUUUGGUCCGAAGUCUGUGCUGCAAUUUCGAGCUUAAAAAAAAUCAAAAUAAAACUCAAAGACUCGAAGACAGCAUAGCUCUAUGGACCAAUCACCCAUGGCCAUGGGAUCCCCAUCAUCUCAGGGCGUCUUUCACAGGACAACAGGCCAAGAAAAGAGCAUCUCAAAAUGGAAGCAUCAACUGUAUGUUUCCACUGCCUGUCAUACUGUGUAUUACACUUUUGUAUUUGACUGUACUAUUUAUAUUCGAUGACAACAACAUCCAAUAAAAAA